UCUUCCAAAACGAAAGAUUGAAUAUAAUUUACCAAAAACCACAUCAAACUUAACAAUAACAUAAUGCAAACGCCUGUAAGGUUCUCGAGCUGCAGAGGCGUUGCCUUUGAAGUGAAGCCUCACGAGCAUCACUUCUCCAUCUCAAAACCCAUUUCCCCAUUACACCCAAGCGCAAGCAGCAACAUCACCACCAACACCUUCUGGCCCCGCCCCAACUCUUUUCAAAUAUUCCCUUCCCCAUCCCCUUCUUCAAUUCUAAGAUCACUAAGCAGACCCAGCAGCCAUUUCUGUGACGUCUCCGACGAUCAAGAAGAACAAGAAUACGACCUUGAAGAAGGUGAUCCACACACCCCACAAAACCCUAAACCCUCUCACCCUCCGAAGAACAACCCAAAAUCCAGACUUUCAGUCAUUCUCCUCGACCAAGGCCUCUUCACCGUCUACAAACGGCUCUUUCUCCUCUCUCUUGCAUUAAACAUUACCGCCCUCAUUCUCGCCGCCAAUGGGUAUUUCCCAUAUGCAAGAGCAAACCCGACUUUGUUUUCAAUCGGCAACAUAUUCGCCUUGUCGGUUUGCCGUAGCGAGGCAUUUCUGCGUGUACUCUUUUGGUUAGCCGUAACUGUCUUAGGCAGAUCAUGGGUCCCAUUAGCUUUGAAGACCGCCGUAACUUCCCUCCUACAGAGUCUUGGCGGGGUCCACAGCGGCUGUGGAGUUUCGUCCAUCGCGUGGCUUGUUUACUCUUUGGUCCUCGCUCUAAGGGACCCACUCAAAAGAUCCACACCCAUCAUUGCCGUUGCGUCCGCAAUUCUAGCCCUUCUUUGUCUCUCUUCAUUGGCUGCAUUCCCUCUUGUACGCCACCUCCACCACAAUGUCUUCGAGCGUAUCCACCGUUUCGCUGGAUGGACCGCUCUCGCCCUCCUCUGGGCUUUCCUAAUUCUAACGCUCACUUACGAUCCCAUCACCAAUUCUCACAAUAAACACCUCGUUUCACGUUUGUUCCAAACACAGGAAUUUUGGUUCACAACAGCAAUCACUUUCCUAAUCAUUCUCCCAUGGGUUACGGUCAGGCGUGUUCCUGUUCGAAUCUCUGCCCCCUCUGGUCAUGCCUCCAUUAUCAAAUUCAGCGGCGGGGUAAAGCCCGGGUUAUUGGGUCGGAUCAGCCCAUCGCCAUUAUCUGAGUGGCAUGCCUUUGGUAUCAUUUCCGACGGCGAAAAAGAGCACAUGAUGUUAGCCGGAGCGGUUGGGGAUUUCACGAAAUCCUUGGUGUCAAACCCACCUAGUCACUUGUGGGUACGGGGGGUUCACUUUGCCGGACUUCCAUAUUUGGUGAAUAUGUACGAGAGAGCUCUGGUGGUGGCGACGGGAUCUGGGAUUUGUGUGUUUUUGUCGUUUCUGCUGCAGAGAAGUAGGGCUGACGUGUAUUUGGUAUGGGUGGCGAAAGGGAUUGAGGAGAACUUCGGGAAAGAGAUUAAGGGGAUGGUGAAUGGGUAUCCCAAGGAGAAGGUAGUAGUUCAUGAUACGGCGGUUUUGGGGCGGCCGAAUGUGGCGGAGCUGACUGUGAAGGCGGCAGGAGAGUGGAAAACGGAGGUGGUGAUUGUUACAAGUAAUCCGGAAGGGAGUAGAGAUGUGGUGAAUGCAUGCAAAAGCUCUGGAAUUGCAGCUUUCGGUCCGAUUUGGGACUCUUGAAAAAACAUACAAAUUAAACUGAAUUAAUGAUGCCA